AUGAAACACAAUAAAGUUAAAUUCGAUGAAUUAGGUUAUUGGGAUAGCGAGAAAUCUUGUUCGAAUAAUGAGGGCGUCUACGUCAAUGAUCAAGAUCAAUCGAUUGCGUUGAGUGUAAGUUUAUUACAAAAACAUAAAGCUAUUUCUGCCAUAAAUCGAAUACGUGUGCGAUCACAUACUAUUCUAUCAGCACAAUGUCAAUGUCAUCGGUCAUUUCAUCUAUUUUGUACAGAUUUAUUCAAUGACAGUCCAACGGAGAAUGAUAUGAUCAAUCAACAUCCCGCACCGCAUUGCCAUGAUCGGGAUGUGUCUCGACGAGUACCGACGCCAUUUAGAAAAUAUCGACAUAGAUUUGUGAGCGAAACAAUACACCAGGAGAAGAAUCUACCGAAUGAAUCAGAAAAAUUAUCACGAAUGACUUCCAAAAUAUAUCCACGAAUAUCAUCAUCGAAAGUUCCAUCGACUGAACAAUCAUCCCAUCGAUCUGUCCAAACGCCAAUAAAAACUUGUACUAUGUCAAAACAUUCGCUAUCGAAAUCAACAGCCUCUCUUCCACAAUUACAAAUUCGUAGUCUACCUAUUCACGAUCCUUUCUCUUCAGAACCACAAAUUAUUCUUCCUCGAACUCCACCUCCAUCACCAAAAACCCCCACGUAUGAACCAUCGAUAACUUCAUCCCAAUCGGACGCACCUGCAUCAUUGCAGAUCAUUUCUUUAACACCUCGUAAUCGGCUUUCCAACGAACACAAAAAGGAAUCGCCAAUUAUGUCUUCAUCGGCUAAAAUCGCAACGUACGAUGAACAUGCACAAGAAUAUCUAUCAGCUGUCGACCAUUCUGAGGAAGUCGUUGAUAAAGAUAAUCAACAGCCAUUAAUAUCACCAACAAUACGACAACUAUCUGCAUCUACUCGAUCAUUGUCAAGAUCAGGCACUGCAUUAAGUGUUCGUUUAUUAUCGCAUGUUGCCAAUCGAUAUUUAAAUCUACAGAAAAAUCAUGAUUCCUUAGCCGAGAUAGAUACUAAUUCGCCAGAUCGAAUUCGGCGAACAUACAAACCACAACGACGGCUGAGAACAUUCAUUAACGAUAGUCAUGAAGACACAACAAACAAAUCCAAGCCUCUAGAAGUUCCACCCCGACUAAAAUCGGUUUUCGGCUUUUCUAAGACAGCAAGCUCCAUGCAUUUUGGAUAUGCUGCUGAUCAAUUAGGUUUACAAGGAACUUUUGAAAAAUGGCCCCGACCUCGCUCACGUCGUACGUCAGUCGAAAGAAAACAUGAAGUAACAACACUUCGUCUAGUAACAUUGCCUUUAGUAACAUCUCGAUGA